GUCUAUAGUCAAUGUUUGAGUGAUUUGUCUGCAAUAGUAAAUGUCAUUCAGUAUUUUUUGAGCUCAAUAAAAUCGAGAUGGCAGAAAACAGAGAGGAAAUUCUUGCAAAUUUUCAAGGAAUAACAGCUAUAGAAGAUGUUGCAGAAGCAAUAUAUCACUUAGAAGAAGCGAACUGGGACUUGCUUGCUGCCAUCAACCGAGUAAUGCCACAAGAUGGUAGUAACUCAGUUUCCAGAAGCAAUGACAACCAUGAUAUUGAUAUGAUAGAUGAUGAUAUAUCUGUGAUAACACCAAAAACACACCCACCAGAUAGAGAAGACGGUAAUCAAGCGUCAACCUCAUCACCUAGAAAUAGCGCCACUGAUCUACUAGAGUUCCAAGUACACUAUAAUAAUAAAAUGCAUGACAUCAAAAUGUCUCCAGUGGCGACAGUCAGCGAUUUAAAGAAACGGUUAGAGUCAGUGUGUGGAGUACCAAUAUGCCGGCAGCAGAUAUCUGGUCUGGGUGGCUCCAAGGCUACAUCAGGAGCUCUGCUAGGCCACCUGGCCCUUCCACGUAACGCUGUGCUACGACUGAAGGCCGCAGAUCAGCUGAUGGCCGAUGAUGAGGUUGCGGAAAGACUAACCAACACAUAUGUAUUGCACGUUAAACACGACGACAAAGAUUAUACACUAAAGUUUCCAGGAACAAAGACAGUACAAGAAGUCAAGAAUGACAUAUACUCGCUCACCGAUAUACCAGUACGACACCAGUCGUGGACUGGUUGGCCGACUGUAACCGGAUUAGACGAUACUGUACUGGCGAUGGUGGGACUCGAUCAACCUCAACAUGAACUAACAGUGAAACGGAUGCCACACGCCAAACAGAAGGAGUAUAAACGAAUAAUAGUGGAGAGUUCUGACAGUGAUAACAGCUCGGUGGAAGAAGUGGAAGAGGUUGGUGAUGGAUUCACCGGUGAAGAUGACAUGUUUGUUGACCUUGUGCAGUCGGAGAGACUUCAGCCACUGAUGUCUGAACAUGUGGAGGAUGAAGCGUUGGGUUGUAUAGAGUUUGCGCAACGUUUCAAAGCACGAUAUGGACCCAACACACCCAAUUUCUUCGAGGGUACUCUUCAAGACGCCAUCAAGGAAGCCUGUCUAAAACCUGCCAAAGAGAGAAAGCUACUUGGCUUGUAUCUACAUCACGAGCAAUCCGUACUAUCCAAUGUAUUCUGCGCUCAGCUGUUAGGAUGUGAAGCUGUACUCCAAACCCUUUCUACAAACUUCAUAGUCUACGGUUGGGAUCUUACACACCCUGACAACAACUUGAUGUUAUUAAGUUCUGUGUCAAACGCGCUUGGUACUGUGGCAGCCAUGACCAUACGCAGUAUUCCGGUAGACAGAUUACCUGCACUCGUCAUCAUAAUGAGAGUCCGUUCUAACACGGAGAUAUACUCUGUUAUAAAUGGUAACGUUGGUGUAUCGGAAUUAGUGGGUGGUCUAAUGGAAGCACUAGAGCGGUUUGCAUCACAGAGGGAUGAAGAUGCAAGAUUAGAGAGGGAGAGAGAUGCAAGACAAAAGGUCAAGCGCGAACAGGAUGAAGCAUACCAACGCAGUCUUGAAGCAGAUAGAGCUAAAGAAGAAAUAAAGAAAAAGCAAGAGUUAGAACGGAAUCAAGAAUUGGAAAGAGCGGAAUCAGAACGAUUGAUGGAAGAAGCGAAACAAGAGGCGUUACGCGAGGCGGCGGCGGCGCGCGUGCCCUUGGAGCCCGACGCGGCGGUGCCAGACGUGUGCCGCAUCCGCGUCAGACUGCCGCCCCCACACGACGCCGCGCUGGAGAGACGGUUCCACCAACAGGACAAACUAGCGGCAUUACUGGACUUCCUGGCUUCAAAAGGCUAUCCAAAAGAGAACUAUAAAGUUAUAUCUAGUUGGCCAAGAAGAGACUUAACCGCAGAAUCUCAUAGCAGCACAUUCAAAGCGCUGAACCUUUGUCCGCAAGAGACUGUCAUGCUUGAAGAACGGUGAAGACCCGCUUGUCCUGUCCCGCUCGCACGUCGCACGCCAGACAGGGACCGCGUUACCCCCCCACGCGCCAACGCUUCAUACAAAAGUAUGUAUAACUAGACUGUUUCGUUCUCAAUUACUGGAAAAGAGCUUUUACGCAAUAAAAAAAAAAUCUCAGUAGCAUUUUAUAAAAACUAAUUAAAAACGGUUUUACCUUAUUUUCCUUGAAAUGGUCAAGUUAUAUAUAUUUAAAGAAAUCCAUAAUACUAUUUGAUUAAUGAAAAAACCCUGAUAAUAAAAUGAAUUACUUAGUAUAUAGAAAUACUAGACCUAAAAAGUUUUUUUUAUACUUUGGCACUUCUUUUUUAAUUUUCGCUAUAUGUUUUAAAUUGUCAUAAUAAUUCUUAAUCCUUUAUUAAUUUAUUACAUAUUAUAUAAGUGAUUUAAAAUAGUCAAUGUGAGAAAAUUAUUCUUAAUAUUUGAAAUUAUCUGAAACAUGUAAGUAGAUAAAACAGUUUAGCCAAAGAUAAAACAAUGUAGAUAUAGCUUUUUGAUAUAAAAAAGAAGUUCUAUUUUUGGUUAAACUGUGAAAUAUUUCUUGUAGAUUUAUGGCAACACAAGUAUUAAAAUUGUGUAUAUUAAGCAUAUUUUCAAUAACUUCAACACAACUAGAUUAAAAAAGUAAGAAUUGUAAUACAUUUAAAGUUUUUUCUAUUUGAAUUAAUUUUCUCACAAAUAAUAUAUAAAGGCUAGGCUGGUUUACACUUAUAUAUCUUUAUAUUUAUCAAUGUGCAAUCUACAGUGGAUCAGGUUAUACAAAAAGUUUUCUCAAAUUGAUUUUCAAUCUUAAGUCUCGUCAAUAGUGUUCAAAUGGUUGUGGGAAUUUGACAUCUUGUUCUAAUCUAAUUUGUCAUGUGCUUAUACAAUCUUAGUACAUUUUUAAAAUAUCAAGUAAAUUCAAAUGUCAGUCAUUGCCAUCAUUUUGUGUGCCUAUUAUUUGUUCAAAUCUGUUCUGCGAUGCGAGCAGGGCGGGUCAUAGUGGCGUUAUGUUCUAUCACAAGGGAAUAGGGAUCAGUUUAUGAUAAUUCCAUGAAACUUACAGCUUUUAACGUAGUGGCAUUAUUGUAUACUAUUAUGUGUCGUUUUGAUUGUAUAAAACAAGUUAUUGUGAAAUACUAAAAGACUUAUAUGUAUAAGAAGUACUAG